UCGUAGCGAGCGGAUGCAUUUUGUCGGUUUUUCCUCCGGUGCGUGUGAUUCCUACAGACAUAUACAGCGUUGUCCUUAGCCUAAGGACCUGGUGGUCGAGUGAUAGGAGGUGGGCGUGAGAGAGCUUCCACAGUGCGCGUGGAUGCCGCUGCUGAAGAUUUUUUUUAAAAAGAAUUUACGGACGGUUUUCGCGAAGGACAAGGACGAACGGAAAGCGGAGAUAGUUUUCCGGUCGCAUCACAUCGCGGUACGUCGGUUGGUGUCGUGUCCAUAGUACGCUUGACGACGCUUGUGAUGAGAGGGCGUCCAAGAGAGUGAUUUUAUGCGUUGUUCCUUGAAUGUAGUUUUCGUUGAGGAGUCGAAGAAAGCAAAAAGCUAAUUAGAGACGAGUUGUGACUGCGAUGGGUGGGAAAAUGUGUCCUGUUGGAAUAGUGUAGGGCACAAUAUUGUGGCGGUACCUUAAUCCACGGAAAUUGUUUAUCGCUGCAAGGCGGCAUCCUCGAGGAGAGAUUUCUAUCCCCUCUCGUAUAGGACGAAGAGCUGCAGUGAGUGAGCGUGAGCAAGGAAAAGAAGAGUGGAACUUGGUGGUGGCGUUUUCGAUUUGAGUGGGUGGCUGGCGAUUGUUUGAAGCUGCGUAGUGUUUGUUUUGAAGCGCAAGUACGGAAAGGACGAAAAAAGUUCGCUAACUUUUUUCCCUCAUUUCGUGGAAUGGUGAUUUUCAGCAUGAGGCGAUUUAUUAUCGAAAAAUAAGAAAAACGGGAAAAUAGGUCCAAUCCCAAAUGGAUUACACGGGUUUAGUUGAAAAAGAUUUACAGUGAAGAAUAAGUCAGUGGAAUUAGCGCCCCAUCUUACUCUGCAUAAAUCGGAAAGUGCUUGAAGAAAUCAUCCAAUAUUCACUGACCGGAAAAUAAAAGUUUCAGAGCUUGAUCCAUCUGCAAAGGUUCGCACAGGCAAACCGAACUGUGUAUAGCAUCGUGGAGUUUUGUGACGAAGUGACCUUCAACUUAUUGAUUUUUUUGCUGCAUCAGCGUGUUUAUACCGGAAGCAAAGCAGGAAUUUGAAAAAGUGCAUCACGUGGAAGUGGAUUUCACGAUUCAUACAUUUCGAACGGUACCCUGUUUAACCUAUUAUUGUUCCAGUCGUGAAAAUAUUGACGAAGAUUACUCAGUAAGUGAUUCAAUUUUGAAGCCGGUCAGAUUUGAUAGGCACCUUUUUUAUCGAUCGCCUGCUGACCAUAUGUGAAGAACCAGAAAAUUAUUUCCACGCCAAGUGAAAGACGGAUAGGACAUCAAAAAGGAUUGAAAUAUUUGAUUACAAUUUGAACGCGAGUGUAAUAAAAAAAUUGAAAAAUUUUAGUCGUGGAAAAAGAUAUACAGUUUGCAGUGGAAAUUCCGAAUUUGUUUAUGCACAUCAACGGCUAAUACACCUGCAUUCGCUCUCGACCCUUAAAAUUGAACCGCUUUGCUAUUUGGAUUUAUUGCUGUUUGGACGUGAAUCUUGUAAGCCGGUUCGUGCAUUCGUGGAAAAGGUAAAACACCGGUGGUUAUUUUGGUGAAUUUGCAUCGCAACUGAUUGCUCGCGCAAAUAGCCCCAGCAAAUCUUAGUGUGCACCUAAAUAAAGUCGUUCGUUGAGGAUGCAGGACCGGGCGCCUAAUGAAGACUGAUGAAAACAUAUUACGUAGCUUCGGAAUGUAGCCAAUGAUGAGAUUGGAUUCCGAAUCUUGCGUUUAUUUACAGGGUCAGCAAUUUGUGGAGUUAUGAAGCUGUUCUGCGCUGAUUGACGUCUAAUUCGCCGAGCUUUAGACCCUUGUGUAUUGCCAAACUCAGAAGCAAUCAGAUUAUCUGACCAACCCCCUGGUCCCACCAACCAGCUCGAUUCAUCAUGAACUCAUCAUAUCAGCGAUGCCGAAAAGACUUGAUACCAAAUACGUAGCCACGAGAUGGCGCCACUAGCCGUCUGCAUAAUCUAGCUCUAGCUUACAACUUACCGUACAAGGAUUACUCAUCGUAGGAUUCCCUCACCCCAAAAACAAACACCACACCACCCGCCCGUAGGCACUAUUUUAGCAUUUUGUAAAGCUUUAAUUAACCCAACCCUUUCGAAACUCACUCAUAAAAAAAUAAGCAAACAUAAUGUCAAUCACGGGUUCCCUGGUCGGUUACGAGAACAACAAUGAAGUCUCGAAAAAGAACCGCUCGCUGCUCAACAUCACCGCCACGUCCAACGCGUCCUCGAAGCAAUGCCAAAGUCUGAACUCGAGCAUAGCCAACAGUGUGACCAGCGCCGGCAAUCCCUACCGGCAUCAGAUGGAUGGCGGCGGAGCUAAAAAACCUCGCCGUCUGCACCUCAACACGCUCUGGUCGGUUUGGUACGGGCUGCUGAUAACGCUCCUGCAGGGCUAUCUGGUGCUCCAGGGGACGCAUCGCUAUCUGGGCCUGUCGGCGCUCGCGUGGAAGUACGAGAAACCCAGCACCGAGUUGGACAUUCAGAUCGUCUUCUGCGGACUGGUGGUGCUCUUUAUGCCACUACUGCUGGCGGCGGCUUUGUUUCGCGUGGGCAAUCUGGCUAAUGACGGAAUCAAGCUGGCAUCCGGUACCAGACUGUGCUCGUCGGUGCCCACCGAUGGACUGGAGGAGGAAGCCUUCGAAGGGACGUUACGGGCGCUCUGGAUACACGGUGGACCAACCUCUGCAUUCAUACAUAUCAUCACGGCCAUAUGCUUAUUGCUGCCACGACUGCUCCUGGAGGCCAAAGUUAUCGAGAAUGGGCUUCUUCCCAAAGACGACAUCUGGCGCACUGACCUGGACUUCAUGGUAACACAUAAUGAUCGAUUGGUAGUUUUAUCUUUUAUGACGGCCUCGUACCCUAACACGACUACCAAACCCAUGAGUAACGGUGGCAGCCACAUGCUCUACCCGAACGGUGACUUUUCCGAACGCAACGAUAUGGUGGAAAAGUUUUCCGCCUAUGACGACGAUGACGAAGGAGAGAUUACCUCGGAAGAAGAUGAUGAUCCGUUCCGUACUCAUGAAUCCCUACAGGAAAUGCCCAACAACGAACGUUCUUCAAUUUCCAUCUCGACCAUGGAAAACUUUAACGUGUUCGAUAAUCCUACGACGAUACACACUCUGCCUCCGGUACGAAAUCUGUUGACGACCACCACAGCACCCAUUACUACUACCACAGUUAUCUACACAACUAUUCCUCCACCUGCUACAACGCGCCCCACAGCUGCAAGGAAGCACGAUCGAAACAAAAGUCAUAGUCACAAUCGUAAACACUCUAAUAAAUCUCAUGGCGGCAAAAAAGAUAAAACACAUCAUCAGAACCAUCACCACCUGGACGAUGUGGACACCAGGCUCGAACUGCAACCUCAAAAAGAGUUCGACUUUGACGAGUUUGACGUGCACGAAAUCGAUACCAUAUUCGAGGUCAAUCACAGCCGAAAAGCUCAACCAAACGGCAAAAAGAAUACUCCGGUCACGACAAUGGCUACAACCAGUGGAACAACUACGUCCACCGUUGCAACUAAACCGUCCCCGAGAAGCAGCACAAAGAAGACUCCCACCAAGGACAGCAACACACAUAUCAUUAAACCGGUAAAACUUCCGGAAAACAUCGUCCCCUCCACGCCGGUGACGACCAACUCGAAAAUCAUCGAGAUCAAACCUAGCACUACGGGGGCGACCUCCCGGAGUACUCCGAAAAAGAUCAAACGAUUCACAUCGGAUAACUACAGCAGCGAAAGCUUAGAAAGCUUGGAAAGCAUCCCAAGUGUGGACGAGGACGAGUUCAUAAUCAAGGACGAGAACGGAAUGGCGAUUAGGCCGGCCUUUCUGAUAGGUGCCAUUCCGGGAAAUGUGUCUACGAAACCAAUUGAGCUGACCGGAUUUGCUGGAUUACUGCAGGUAUUCUUUGGAGUAGAUCAGCAAUUCAACGCAAAACGUUGGACGUCUACCCCAAGCUUAGAGUUCGUAAAUCUAGCAAUCGCCCUAAUGGCUUGGGCCGUUCGUUACCCAUCUGUGUUCUGGCACACAUCGAAGACGUUUGCAUUUGUGUUCAGCUUGCAGAUGAUCGCUAACGGAAUUGACAUUUUGUUAAGCUUCGCUGGGGCUAGCGUCCUGUAUAAGCUUCAAGCACUCGGCCAAUCCCUACCCAUGCAAGCGCCACCGUUGAUCCUCAAUGGAACGGUAACGAUCGCGCUUACGAUCUUGGCAGUAAUAUUGACGAUCGCCUCGUCGAUGGUGCUGUACCUGUACGGACACGGAAAGAUGGCCGUGAAGAUACGCGAUCGACGGCUGAUUACGGCAAAGCAAAGCACCGAUGUUUGGGCUUACUUUGCGCACUGCUCGUCGCUAUGCUUCGUCCUAGCGCUGGCGGUGGUGAAAGCACCAUUACUGCACGAUCUGAGUGCGGCGUAUCGGGGAAGCCUCGAUGGUGCCGUUUUGGCUGCGGCACUGGGAUCUGUAGUGCAUCUGUUUCUAUGGAUAGUCCUUUGGCUAGGGCUAACGGCUAAACGACGCUGGAAUUUUAAGCUUCCACCUCUGGAGGUAUCGAUCGCGCGGAACGGUGUAUCACAACCGUUACUACGAGGAGGAACCGGUGGGUCGCUGCUACGGACAUCUAGUGGCAAGGGGUCCUCCGUCGAUGGAACCGGAGCAACUAGCAGCGAAGAAGAAACCGUGUACUGGCCAAAGAUUGCACCAAACUCACCGAAGUUGAAAGUAACCUUCAAUGAAGUAACCAGUACGUCUCCUGAUCACGUCAUUGGUGACCAUGACGGCAAGCGCCAUCCGUCCAGCGGAACCACGAUACGUAUGUCCAGUAUUACGGGGGAAACUGAUGACGGCGACUACGCCACACUAAGAGGACCCACCGGUGAUUUGCUGCAUUUGAGUGAGUUUGCAGAUCAUCCACCACCUCCUGACGAUCUCCUUGCUCCCACCAAUACGGUAAACGAUCAUGCAGACGACACUUCGGAGGAGGGCAAACUACUCGCUUGCGUCCGUGACGACAGUGUUACGUAUGCAUCGACCCGAGACUUAGAACCUCCUAUCAACCGCACAAUGUCUCGCGAGACGUUCAUGCGAUCACCGGAACAAUUAAGCAGCCCUCUAGCGCCAGUCACCGUCACCGUACAUAAUAAUGAAAAUGUUGCUCCUGGUUUAACACCGCGCUGUUUGCGUCGUGCUGACUCCGGUAUGCCGAACGAAGCCCUAACUCCUCGAUCGGACACCACAUCGACCGAAAGUUCUACAUCGCCUCCGGACUGUAGAGAUGCUCCAUCAGAGACUUCUAGUGGGGUUCACUCCGGCGAAGAACGCGACGAAGUAGUCAUUCGACCCCGAUCCGGCCCUUACAAAUCAAUCAUAAAACCACCUCCUCCAGCAAUCCAGGAAGAACCGUUCGGACGAUCGACGAACAUGAAAAUGUCCAGCUUCAACAAGGACGGAUCGAGUGCUACUCUACCUCUCACGCGAGGCUCUGUAGACAUGCAUCGAGAGUAUCCCCAGUGCAGCACUAUGCCUCUCCCUGCGGGCUACCAUCAGCAGCCACACCACUAUCACUCACAGUCUUCGUUUACUUCACCGAGCUCUUCCUCUCGACAACAACUGCAGCACACGACGCUGCCUAACGGCGUCCGCUAUCAGUCAAAUCAGUUCCUCAAACGGAUGCCAUAUAUCAAAACGGCCGAAUCUCCCUACGGGCAUCUGGGCUUGGGUAGUGGCCACCACACCUUCUCCAAACUUCUCCACGAUCCUUUAGGUAUGCCCAAUAGUUCACCUCCUACCCAUUCGCAGUCCAGUCAUAGCACCUUUGGAACGGUGGUAGCUACCAUACCCGAGGACCGAGACUCGGCCAACUAUUCAAUGAUCUCCGAUCAGGACCGGGAAAUGUACAUAAACGCCGGACAGAUGCAGAUGCAAAACUAGAUAUGCUCGCGAUGUCGGUAGAUAAGUAUUUUAAGCCAUUCAUUGUAAUUAUGAACAACCACCACACAUGCAUCGUCUAAGCAAGUAAGUGUAGAAAAAAUACCAUUCAAUGCGCCUUCUUUCAAAUAAGUUUUUAUGAGGAUGAGGGUCUAGUUUUUUUCAUAGGGUUGAAAUGAAAAGUCGCACAACUAAUUUAGGAAGACUAAUCAGUCGGUUUUAGUUCAAUUCUUAGGUUUGUACAUUUGAAUUCAUACAUUUGUCAGUGAUGAUCUCGGCUGUAAAUAUUUGAAGUUUGCGAGAUGUCUGAAAUAUUGUGUAAGUAACGAAAUUCAACUCGAAUCGCAGUGUUUAAUGCUCAGGCGGUGGAACAAACUAUGUAACAAACAAACGUAAAUACACGAAUUAUGCCAUACUAUACAUUACGCAGUUAAAAAUGGAAAGUGUGAAAAUAUCGGCAAUACAGCUUUAACUAGGCUUUCACAUACACAGGUACAACAUAGGACAUUUUUCACAGGAUGAAAGACCAAUUUAGGAAUGGUGUCGUUAGCUUGAAGGACCGAUUAGAUUUGAUAUACCUUCCAAUGAUUAUUUGGUGUCCAUUUUAUGGCUUCGUCGUUAUAAAAAUUAAUAUGGUAACGGAGGUUUACCCAAAAUAAAAAUAAUAUUCUUGAAGUUGGGGAGGUCCCGUAGCGUAGUUGGCUACACGUUCGCCUUAUAAGCAAAUGGUCAUGGGUUCGAUUCCCAGCCCCUCCACCAAACCCUCGUAAGUCGCCGGAUGCGCAGCCCAUGCGGUAGCGUAUUGGGAGACGCGCUUUAUCGUCAUGGCUGCCUGAUGACGACUGACAACUUGUUCUUCUCGGAGGCAUUCCUCCAACGUACCCGGAUAAAAUGGCAACCGAACAAUGCAACGAUCAUUGAAUGCACGACAUGGACAAACGAACACAAUGGACUCACGAUGAGAUGGACUGGCAACGACAACUUUAAUGGUAAUGGAAAUCUAAAAAUAGAUUCUGUGUGGGUUCUGCACAGCAGAAUACCACAGUAGAUCUCGGCACAGUAGCGGUUAAGUAACAGAGAGUGCCUGAACAAAUAAAUAAAGGAAUAAUAAUAAUUCUUGAAGUUGACCUGCAAGCAAACAUGUCCGCAGUGGCACAAAUAUGAGUUUUCGUAAAAUUCUGCCAUAUACUUGGUCGGGGUUCAGCCAAACCGCACCAAGCUUUUUGAUUGGCUUGUGAUAUUUAGUUUGCAAAAGAAAAACGGAAAGUAUUCUAUAUCAAAUCAUGCGUACAUUUGUUGUAUACGAUAUCCUCAGUUAUGGCUUUGAUCGAUGUCCAAUGCGAUUUGUGAUUAAUUGAAUCUGUUACACGAAAAUUUUAGGGAAAAAAUGGAAAUUUUCAUUGGCGCUUGGUGUGAUUUGGCAGAACCCCGACCACUUAUCAAACAUCUCUAUGGAAAGCGAUUUAUCCUCCCAACCAUCGCAUUUCAAAUUAGGGAUUAUGAACAUCUUUUUUUGUCAUUUCUGGAUGCCAGAUCUAAGGGUACCGUCGCCGGGGUGACAAUGGGUCAAAUGGGGGUGAGAAUAGGUCACUGUUUCAACCACUUAGAAU